UAUAUAUAAUUAGUUUGAGGAAUCGCUAAGGUUAUAAAAUGAAAUUCACAACAUUGAUAUACAUCGCAUUUGUGAUAGUCGUUGUAUCGUCUUGGGCUCCGACCAAAGCAAUCGUGGAAGAAGAGAAAGUGAUAUGUUACGCGAAAGAACUUUCACCAUGCGAACCAGCAGCACAAACCGGAAGCAAACCAACAACGGAAUGUUGCAAAAAACUAAAAGAACAAGAGUCAUGUCUGUGUGGUUACGCAAAAACGUAUAGAAAGUAUAUUUCUUACGAAGGUGCUCGCAAAAUUUUAGAGGCUUGUGCUAUACCAAUUCCUACUUGUUGAAGAUUAAAAUAUUUAUAAAAUACCAAACAGUGUUCAGAUAAUAAGAUUUGUAUUUGAACAUUAAGAGUUCAAU